CACAUUAAUAAUAUUCGUAGUAAGUUAAUAGCCAUUGCAGAACCAUGACAAAUCUGUGUUGGUGUUGGUGUUGGCCGUGGCCGUGGCCGUGGCCGUGGACGCAUCACGCAUCCAUGCGGAAGGGGCCAGCCCCUGCACAACUUGGCGCUCUUUCCUCGACCCUCGCGCUCGGCAUCUGUCCGGCCUCCUCUCUCUCUCCUUUCACAGGUGGCCCUGUCCUUUCUAUCCAUCACAGAACAAACUCCUUGCGCGUGCAUCGCUGUCCUGCACUGACCAUCGGCAUCGCUGGAAAGGAGAAUCUGCCAUGGCAUCGGCAUUUUGUGCAUCCCCGCAGCCGACAUCGAUCCGUCACAAUGGUACCACUGACGAUGAUCUGCCGAGAACAACCACUAAGUACUAACAGCCUCGCAACAGCCUGCACUGUACAUGUCUUGUCAACUGCGCCACGUUUCACGGCCAAUGUUGCCUGAUCCGGAGGUCAGCUGACUACGAAUGACAGUGCGCUGUACGCUGUACGGCGUCAAGCCUCGCUUAAGCUUUGAAGGCUUAUGCUCAAAUCACAGAGACUGAGUCAAUGACGUCCACCAGCGGUAAC